AUGUCACAGUCUUCGCCAGCCAAGCAAGAACUAAAAGUAAAAGAACUUCCGUAUAUAUUUAUUGAUCUAGUUAGUAAAUAUAAUGAUCUAGGUUUAAGUGUUUGUGGAAUGUCAAGAUUAGGACAUUGGAAAAAGGCUAAUGGUCCAGCAGCGACUAAAAAGCUCAAUGCUUUUCAAGAUUUCAUACCAGAACUUAGAGACCGAGAAUUUUCUCAAUUUUCUAUUUGUGUUAAUUAUUAUAAUCAAACUAUUGUUAAUAAUCUCUUUUACCAACAUCUUUUAGAUAUUUCCAGUGCUGGUGAAAGAUUCUGGCUUGAUAUUAGUCCUAAUAAUGUUGAAAUAGUCGCCGACGACGUAUCACUCCAUUUGUUAGAGUUUGAAAAAAUUGUAGAAAAUAAUAAUUUUAUAAUUACAAAAUUACAACGGCAAGUGGAAAAUAAGAAUAGAGUAAUAUCUAAGUUAAACAUACAACUUGAAGAAUGUCAUAACGUGAUGGCACAAUUUGAAGAGUUAUAUCAAGAACAGUUUGAAGCAUAUCAAGAGCGUAUAAGCAUAUCCAAGCCAUUAUAG